AUAAAAGUAUAUAUUCUCCCCAUCAUCUCGCUGUCUGGCCAUCUCUCCUGUUGGUCAGCGCCAGCCUCCCUCGACACGAGCAAAUUCAGAUCCCUCACGCCCCGAUACUCUCCAGACAUGGCUCAUCGCCGCCUUCUCGGGCCGCUGGCCCUCCUCGCCGUUGCGCUGCUCCUGAUCCUCCCCGCGGCGUCCGCAGCCUCGGCCGGAUGCGGCAAGUCCCCGGUUAUCACCGCCGGAAGCAAGACCAUGACGGUCAACGGCAAGAACCGGCGCUGGAUGAUCCGGCUGCCCCAAGGGUACGACCAGAACCGCCCGUACAAGCUGAUCUUCGGCAUCCACUGGCGCGACGCCGACUUCAUGGCGGUCGACGGCGGCACGGCGCCGUACUACGGUCUGCAGCGGCUGGCCAACAACUCGGCAAUCUUCGUGUCACCGGACGGGCUGAACAAGGGCUGGGCGAACCAGGGCGGCGAGGACGUCACCUUCAUCGAAGAGAUCUAUAAGACGGUCAGCGACGGGCUCUGUGUCGAUGAGAAGCAGGUCUUUUCGACCGGCUUUAGCUACGGCGGCGCCAUGUCGUACGCGCUCGCUUGCGCCAAGCCCAACAUAUUCCGCGCCAUCGGCGUGCUCUCGGGCGCUCAGCUGAGCGGUUGUGCUGGCGGGAACACACCAGUGGCCUACUACGGCCAGCACGGCGUGCGCGACGGGGUGCUGCCCAUCUCAAUGGGCAAGCAGCUGCGCGACAACUUUGUGCGGGUCAACGGCUGCAAUUCGGGCCAGCAGGCGGCGGAGCCCGGGCGCGGCAGCCGGCAGCACAUCAAGACGGUCUACCAGGGCUGCGAAUACCCCGUCGUCUUCGUCGCCUUCGACGAAGACCACGUCGCCCUACCCCAGGACUCGGGCGGCGACGGCGGGCCCAACAGCUGGACUAUCCCCGAGCUGUGGGAUUUCUUCUCGCAGUUUUCUUCUUGAGGGGGGCUUAGUUGCCCUUGGAAAUUGGACGAGGAAAUAUCUUUAGCCCUUUGGGAUUUUCGGGGAUAUUUGUUGACUUUGAAUUUUCGAAACUCAUUCGAAAGACCGUUGACUCUGUGCGUGCGCUUCUCUCCGCCCUGUACCAAUGGAACCUGAGGCAAGCUCGAAAGGUCGAGACAAAGAACAAGUGCCUGCCCGUGCGCUGCAAGUUGAACCGUCUGGGCAGGCGGCAACAGCGCUUGGGAGCCACGGAGCCUGCCCUUUUC